GCGCAUCACGGCGGACACAUCGUGAGGAAAAGCUCGUCAAAGCACCCAGAAACUUUUAUUUUUGCGCUUCGGUGCGUCUUUGCGCAGCGUCCGGAUCAUCGAGCGGCUUCUUUGUGCGGGAUUUAGUUUCUGCUGCGGAUGAUUUAUGUCCGACUGCGUUUGAAGCAGGUGAAGAUCGACGAGCUGAAGUCUUCCGACAACAUCCAGGUGAGUCCCAGAGCAGCUCAGCCGUCAUGGCCGCCAACGCCACCCCUCGGGGCUGCGGCCCUCAGUUGGACUCCCUCUACUAUAACCUGUGUGACCUCAGCGCCGCGUGGGGCAUCGUGGUGGAGGCGAUAGCGGCAGCCGGCAUCAUCUUCUCCUUCGUGCUCUUCAUCUCGCUGCUGGCCAGCCUCCCCUUCAUCAAAGAAGCCAACCGCAAGAGUUCGGUGGCUCUUCACGCCUGCUUCCUGAUCUGCACCGCCGGCCUCUUCUGCCUGACUUUCGCCUUCAUUGUGGGGAAGGACUUCUCCACCUGCGCCUCGCGGAGGUUCCUCUUCGGCGUGCUGUUCGGCGGCUGCUUCGCCUGCCUCCUGAUGCUGUCGGCGAGGCUCAACGUCCUGGCCCGGCGGGACAGCGGGCCCCGGACUUGGAUCCUGUGUCUGGGGGCGGCGGCGCUGUGGCUGGUGGAGGUGGUCAUCAACACCGAGUGGCUGAUCAUCACGAUUGUUCGCCACCCGCUGGGGCCGCUCAACGCCACGGCUGAAAUCAGCAGAGCCACAGCGACGCCCUGCAACAUCGACAACCAGGACUUUGUCAUGGCGCUGAUCUACGUGAUGACCCUGAUUCUGGCUGUGGUGGUGUCCAGCGUGGCCGUCAUGGCGGGCAGACACUCGCAGUGGAAGAAGGAAGGCGUCUGCAUCCUCGUAGCGAGCCUCUUCUCCGUUGGGAUUUGGGUGGCAUGGAUCGUCAUGUACGUUUACGGGAACGAGCGGACCGGAGGGCCGACAUGGGACGAUCCCACCUUGGCCAUCGCCUUGGUGGCAAACGCCUGGGUCUUCCUUGUCGUCUGCACCAUUCCUGAAGUAUGCUGUUUUACCGGUGGUGAUGAGAGCCAGCAGGACUUUGGAGAAGAUCUGUACCCGAGCCGAGGAGUCGGCUACGAGACAAUCCUGAAGGAACAGAGCUCCCAGAACAUGUUCAUGGAAAACAAGGCUUUCUCCAUGGACGAACCGGGCCAAGGGUCCAAGCCGGUGUCUCCAUACAGCGGCUACACCGGUCAGCUGCGGAGCUCGGUCUACCAGCCCACUGAGCUGGCCCUCAUCACCAAAGCCAUGGGAAAUCAGCCAGCAGAGCCGUCCCAUGACAUGACAAUCCCCAGAGCUUCCACCGGCUCCGCGGCCCACAGCGGGAGCAGCACCCCGUCGACACACACCGAGUCCAGCGGACACGGUCUGCACAGGACGCCCCAGUGGUGAACAGCCCGUCGCUCUCCUGGUCAAAACAACUUCAUAACUCGUCAUUUGCACCUGCUGACUGUAUGUUUGCUGUUGAACUGCGGUUCCCUGAGCUGGCUUUAAGAGGAACCCCGACACAUGGAGGUGAACGCUCGGUCACCCCCCUGCUGGAAAACAGAUAAACCUCCCAUUGACAGAUUGUCCACGUGCCACCGGGUGUCAGACAGUGAAGAGCUUCAUUUGGAAGUCAAAGGAUGAAGCUUUGCUGCAGAACAAAGACUUUUUGCAUUAGUCGCCGUUCGCUGACAGCGAACUGAGCUCUGCUGGACCCGAUCACACCGAUGAAGAGGUGCUGACGGCGCACAAGCAGUGGAAGAGAACGGUCUGAAUGUUGGCUCAACACCAUAUUUACAUCAGCGGAACAUUGCUCAGUUUGAAGACAACGUACCCUAAAAGCAGAAACACUAUCAGAAAGAUUGCAUUAAAAAUACUCUGCACUGUCAAGUUUAAUCACAUGAUGUACAUUUUUGUGCCUGGAUUGUGAAUAUUGUUAAUAACCACAAAGUUCACACAUAAAAUUGAGCUUCUGGUGUUGAAUUAAUGUAAAUACAGUUUGCUGGUAAUGUGUCUUUGGUUCUUCACUGCAUGGAAGUAUUGUAUGAAUGUGUGUAUUUAAUACUAUUUAAAGCACCACGGCGUGCUGCUUAAUUAUUUAAAAUAAUUUCAAACAAUCAUGAGAACAGAGAGCUGAAGUCCUGCCCGUGGUGAGUCGGUUCCUCUCAACAAUGCUGGAUGUAGUUCCUCAUGGAAGGUUCGUUUCAUUGAUAUUUCUGAAUAUGAUACGCCAGUUUUCUGUCUGCUGUUUUGGAUUAACAGAUAUCUGUUGCUUUGAACAACAGUGACAUAUGAGUGCUUUGAGAUGUUAACAAGGAUAAGAGUAUGUUGUCACCCUGGAAAAGGAACUACUCAUGAUUCUGUUGACUUCAUGUGGGAGAGACGAGGACUUAAGUUGGAAACUGCCAGACUUCAUGUGCUGCUGCUUUUCCACUCACACUAACAAAAAAAAUAAGAUAAUAAUAAAAGUACCAGCUACAUGUAAUCCAGAAUGUCGUGCAGUGCCUUCACGUAGCUCAGGCUUUCAACACUAGAAGUCGCGUGCACCAAAUGCUUGAUGUUAAAGCCGCACUAGCGCUGCUGCUACCUGUCUAAAGGCAGUCGAGGCUAACCAUUAGCAUGCUAACGAGCAGGUAACGUAAACGGGAAAAAACUCUACUGGACUAAAUUUACAACACAUGAACAUAAACCUCCGAGGCUUACAAAGUUCUCGUGACCACAGAAAAGCUUUUCCAAAGUUUUCACUCACACAGGGUGACAGUAACACAACCCAACGUUAAAUCAGCAACACAACCUCGCACACAAACUACUACAACAUGAACAGCAAGUAAUACCACUGAUUAAAUAUUUUACUGAAGAGGAGUUUCAUGCUGCUGUCAUCGGGCACCGUAUUUGCUAAAUUUUAAUAUUUAAUCGGUUCUAACAGCUGGCUGGAUUAAUACUAUUAAAAUUCCACCAUUUUCAGAUCAUGUCAAAAGAAUUGAUUUUAUCAAAAACAAGUCAAACGCUAACAUGCCUGUUUGGAGCAUUGCUGCUACGUGUGCAGCUGGAACAGGACUCGUUAAUAUAAAGUACCAGCUGAAACUCCAUCACCUUGAAUUCUGUGUACAAAUGUUAUGUUUUCGAGCUGCUUACUGGCCUCUAGUCAUCUAAAUACGCUAAAUAUCUCCAUACACAACUCAUGGUGUGUGUUUUUCACCCCAGACUGCAGUGUUGCUGCAGCUGCACGUGUUGUUGAUAUAUUCAGAAUCAACUGCGUUUACCUUCGCUGCCUUCGACACCAAAGAAAAACAACAAUCAGCACAUAUUUACAAGUAUGGCAUUGACUUAAUACAUCCCUGUUAACAGAGACGUCACGUUUGCUUGCUUUUGCUGGCAUUUCUGUACUUUUUAGUGCAAAAAAAA